AGAAGGAAAAAAAGGAGAGAGAGGCAGGAACAUUGAAGGGUUUUUGCGUUUGUUGAAGUAGCGGCAAAGGAAUACAGAGAAAAUGCCAGGCCCAGUUGUCCAAGAAGACGAGCAGCAACAAGAACAACUCAAUGCCAUCAAGGAGCAACAAAAACUCGAGAAAGAUGAGGCCAUUGUCGAGGAUGUUAAGGACGGACAAGAUGAUGGCCAUGACGAUGACGAUGACGACGAUGACGACGAUGACGACGACGACGAGGACGACGACGCCGCCCUUGAUGCUGAUGAACAAGGUGCUGGUGGGAAUGGGAGCUCUAAGCAGAGCAGAAGUGAGAAGAAAAGCCGUAAGGCAAUUUUAAGGCUUGGGCUGAAGUCUGUGUUAGGGGUCAGCCGGGUCACUAUUAAGAGGACUAAAAAUAUUAUGUUUGUCAUCUCAAAACCAGAUGUGUUCAGGAGUCCCAACUCUGAAACUUAUGUCAUCUUUGGGGAGGCGAAGAUUGAGGAUUUAAACUCUCAGCUGCAGAAACAAGCUGCUCAACAGUUUAAGCUCCCUGACAUGGCAACUUUAAUGCCCCAGUUAGAGAUUUCCGCAGGUGCUCAAAUUGAUGAGGAAGAAGAGGAUGUUGAUGAGACUGGAGUAGAGCCACGGGACAUCGAGUUGGUGAUGACACAGGCUGGGGUGUCAAAAGCGAAGGCUGUAAAGGCUCUCAAGAUCCAUAAUGGGGAUAUUGUCAGUGCCAUCAUGGAACUUACUACCUAGGUAAUUUCUACGAGCUAUAGUCCUGUGAUAUUGCUCUUUUGAAGAGUUUUUGAAUCAACUCUGCUGGAGCUUAGGUUUCCGACUUAUUGUUGUUGACAUUUCCUAAGAUUAGAACCAUUUGUUUUCGAUGUCCUCGCACCUUUGUGUGCAAUUUUACAUUUCAAUAAUUAUUAUGUCUCAAAUUUUGGGUGGGUAAAA